AUGGCAGCCAGGCGUAGUGCGAGUAGUAAUGCGGGUGGUACGCGUGGUGGAUCAAGGACGACUGCAGCUUCAAGACCCAUCAAGGCGUGCAGUGUCCCAUGCUCCCCCUUCCCCCCCACCCUCCCUGACCUCCUCUCCCUCCCCUCUCCUUUCCCCCCUCCCCUUUCCCCCUUCCCGUUCCCCUCUCCCCCUCCCCCUCCCUCCGCCUGCUUUGCGUGCAGGUGGUACGCGUGGUGGAUCAAGGACGACUGCAGCUCGCAGGCGCUGUGGAACAGCGUGCAGGCGUCCAGCGACGUGCGCAGCAGCGUGCUGGCCGUGUGGGGCCCCGGCACGCCCGGCUCCACCACCUCCUUCCAGGACUACGUGCUCAUGGCGGCCAACAACCGCCGCAACCCCAAGUGCGUCAAGACGUACCUGCUCGACUGGAUCAAGUGCAAGGCUGCGCCCACCGACUCGGCGGUUCAGUUUUACAACUCGGCGCUGGGCGUGGGGGUGAGCGGGGUGAAGGAUGUGCGGUCGCUCAACACGUUUGUGACGGCCGUGAUCAAGAAGAUCGGCCAGUCCGUCUUCAACACGCUCGCUGGCAUGCUCAGGCAGCGCGGCCUGCAGGCUCAGGUUGUGAUGGCCGGAACGUGGUGCUAG